GGCGGCUGCUGGCUUACAACCACGCACGAGUGACACCGAUGGAGCCAAUGGAGCUCUCAUUAUGACGUCGCAGAGCAUGCAUGUUCGACCAGGAAGCAGUUCCCAACAGAUAUGAUUUAAAAAGACGGGUGGAGGAGGUGUUUGGGAAUUUAAAUUAACUAGUUGAGUUUGUACACUGCGCUUCCAACGUGCGAAAUCGAUUCAACUUUCAUUGACAAACAUGCCUUCCAUGAACUCUACCGUCUUCCACGCAUAUGCGUACGGCACAGCAUUCUGGUACGGUCUGCGUGGCUUGUGUCGUGUCUACGAUCCCAUAAUGGUAAUCGGAUGGUUCCGUCCCCCCUCGCAACUUAACCUCGCACCCAACGACCUCGAAACAUACAACGUGCGCAACGACGGCUGGUGCCUCAUUACACUCGCUCUGGUCCUUAUUUCCCUUACCAACGCCGUACCGUUUACUUCGGAGUCGGUGAAGAAGUUUUCGUCGGUGCCGUAUGCCAAAGCCAUUGUCGCGGCCACGAUCUUUCAUCACGUCGCGACGGGUAUCGGCGCGUACCAGCAUUAUAAGUUGCCGAGCCAUUACAACACCAGCAUGAGUAUUGGAGUUUGGGGCAACAUUUGGUUGUCGCUUACGGGUUUGUUUACGUUGGCUUUGCUGCAGAGCGAUGCGGGAGAUAUGUCUGUUGAGCAGGCUGCGCAGAAAGUGAAAUAAGUGGGUGAUGCUUUUGGUUUGGAUCUGUCUCUGGGAGAUUCUAAACUGGGUAAGGGGAUGGAGUCAAAGUCAGUGGCUGAACUCUAAAUAGUGACGCGGUAGCGAAGGCGGAACUUGUAAGCGCAUUUUUCACUGGGGCUCGGGAGUAAGAGUAAGAGAGCAUAAAGUCUACAGCUAGUUGCUAAAUAACAUAGUAUGAAUUGCAUAAUCAAAUAUAACAUGUUAAAAUCGACGUGAAAG